UUUCGGUUGGCGCGAACUUUAACCGGAAGUGUGCGAUUCUUGUGUCGUCGUCGGAGGUUAAUGAGCUGUCGAUGUCAUUUACAGUGUUGUCUAGAUACAAUGUAAAAAAGUAACACUCUGCGUAGCUAGUUUAAUAGAGUACCACAUUUUGUGUAGGCUAUGCAAGUAUAGGAUGUCGGAUACGUUGUCUGAUGAUGCCAGCGGGGGAGAUGACGGCCAGGAAGAUGUGAUGACUCCAGCGGAGCUGAUUGGGAAACUGGAAGAGGCCUGGCUGAAUGAGAAGUUCUCUCCUGAGCUUCUGGAGAACAAGUCAGAGAUGGGAGAGUGUGUUAUGGAGCAGCUGACUCACAUGGAGGCCAACCUGCAGCGGGUUAGGAGGGGUGAUGUGAAGGCAAGUGUCCACCGCAUGGAGAUUGACAGGAUCCGCUUUGUCCUCAGCAGCUACCUCCGCUCUCGCCUCCAAAAGAUUGAGAAGUUUUUCCCACAUGUGUUGGAGAAAGAGAAGUCUCGAGUGGAGGGAGAUCCUUCGUUCCUGUCUCCAGAGGAGUUUGCUUUCGCCAAAGAAUAUCAGGCCAACACAGAGACCUAUCUGAAGGCUGUCGCUCUGAAACACAUGCCCCCCAAUCUACAGACAGUGGAUAUGCUGAAAGCAGUACCAGAGCCCUGUCUGGACUCCUUUGUGUUCCUACGUGUGAGGGAGAGACAGGAAAACAUCUUGGUGGAACCUGAGACAGAUGACCAGAGAGAGUAUGUUGUGGAUCUUGAUGUGGAUUCUCAGCAUCUGAUGCGGUAUCGCGCUAUAGCACCCCUGGUUUCAAGUGGAGCAGUACAGCUAAUUUAACUGUCAAGGAGCCUCCUGUCCUUGGUUCAGAUGAGGUUAUUAGUCUCCAACUGUGAUGGUGGAUGACCGGAGGAACACUGACUCCCUUCAUUGAACAUUAACUACACUGAUUGCAGUACAUUGAGGAAGGUGAUAUGGACAUUAUUUGGGGACUACCAACUCGUCAAGAGCGGGGCAUUAACUAGAAUGUCUGCAAAUAUAUUAUGACUUGUUGAAAUGUUGCGUACCUGAGGACACAUCUCUCACAUGAAGCCUGCUUAUAAUUGUAAUGAUAAUCAUUGGAUCACUUAGGCUAUAAGUGAGAGCUACUUUUGGUGUGAGGAUGACACAGGAAUACAUGAAUGUCACUUCAUAGUGUCUACAUGUAUGUAAAAAGGUUGAGGGGUACAUGCAUGCCAUUGCCAAGCAUACAUUUGUAUUUUGCAUGCUGUUGCUGCCUUGGCCAUAUAUGAUUUAAAUUCUGGGUUUGUAAACCAUAUCAAUUGUUGAUACCAAUAGAAUAAAUCUGUAGAUUGUUUAAA